GGACACCCUGUUCGCGACCGGUGCCCCCAAUGAAUGCCUCCGCCUCCGCGGUGGCUGCAAGCCUGCAACCUCUCCUUUCCCUCCUCCCCCAAUCCGCCCCUCGCGCCUCGCAAUCCGGAGCGGCGGCGGCGGCGGCGGCUGGGGCGAGGCACGAAUCCCGGCCUUCGCUUCCGCGUCCCGGCGGGCCUGCAGAAAUUGUUAGGCAAGCGUAUGUGCGUGCAAACUUUUCUGUAUGCAUAUAAGAGAGCAGUCAUUCCUGCAGUAAAUGGCACUUCGAGUCUUGAGUGUUAAAUAGGGUGCCUUGCCUAGUGGAAAGUGGUUGGAUUCUAUUAUAUAAUCUGAGACUCCACCUGACCGAUAUGGCCUCCAAUGGUAAUGGAAAUCUGAAAGCUGACACUCGACAAGUCGAACCAACAGCUUCGGAUGAUGUUCCUGGGGCAACAAGCCUGAACACCCUUGCUACUCAAGGUGUUUCACAACGGAGAAAGCGGUGGAGUGGAUUUAGGAACUUCUGGAAUAGCCUUUCGAGUGGCCCCAGAUUAAAGAAGCUUGGCCCCUCCCCUUCGUUCAGGUUUCAACAGCUCGCGCUUCAACGUGAUGAGUUCUCACGUUCCGUCCAUUCUGAUAACCAUGGUAGUCAUGAUCAUUUCCAAUUUCUCAGGAAGAUUAAUUGGGGCCAUCUUUGGAUGAUGGCCAAGGAUUGGAUAAAGGAGCCUAUGAACAUGGCCCUUUUCGUUUGGAUUGCUUGUGUUGCUGUGUCGGGAGCAAUUCUCUUCCUUGUUAUGAGUGGAAUGCUAAAUCAUGCUUUGCCAAAAAAAUCGCAAAGAGACACCUGGUUUGAAGUGAACAACCAAAUUCUGAAUGCAUUGUUCACACUCAUGUGUCUGUAUCAGCACCCACAACGGAUCUACAACUUUGUGCUUCUGUGUCGAUGGGAGCAACAGGACAUUCUAAGGCUUAGGAAGAUAUAUUGCAAAAAUGGAGCAUAUAAGCCUAAUGAGUGGAUGCACAUGAUGGUUGUUGUAAUCCUUCUUAAUUUGAAUUGCUUUGCUCAGUAUGCCCUUUGCGGUCUAAACCUGGGAUACCGCAGAUCUGAACGGCCUCCUAUUGGUGUUGGCUUGACUAUAUCUGUUGCAAUUGGGGCUGCAGCAUUCGCUGGCCUUUAUAAUAUCAUCAGCCCACUUGGGAAGGAUUAUGACACAGAACAGGCGGACAUUGAUCAAGAAGCACAAAUUGAAGUCACCUCAACUGAGAGCGGCAGGCCAACUUCACGAUUUAUGUCAUUUGAGAGGAGAUACUCUUUCAUCCAUACUGAAGAACGUCGUUUCGUGGAGAGUAGGCCUGAGUGGGUUGGCGGGAUACUGGAUUUCUGGGACCAGAUAUCUCUUGCAUAUUUGUCACUUUUCUGCAGCUGCUGUGUCUUUGGCUGGAACAUGCAGAGGCUUGGCUUUGGCAACAUGUAUGUCCAUAUCGCGACGUUUCUGCUCUUUUGCCUAGCACCAUUUUUUAUCUUCACCCUGGCAGCUGGCAACAUUAACAACCCCUCCCUUCAAUCGGCAUUGGGGCUCACUGGUCUUUUCCUAUGCUUCUUCGGUUUACUGUAUGGUGGCUUUUGGAGAAUACAAAUGAGGAAGAGAUUCAACCUGCCCGAAAAUACCUUCUGCUGCCGCAAUCCUGAUGCCACAGAUUGUUUCCAGUGGUUGUUCUGCUGCUCAUGUUCCCUUGCCCAGGAGGUCAGAACCGCUGAUCACUACGAUAUUACAGAGGACAGGUCACACAGAGGGCAAGUGACAGAGGAAAGUCCGCGCAUAAUGUCCCCGUUGCGACGUGAAGAUGGUUCGCCCUUGUUCAGGUCCCAUCCGAGUUCGCCUUACAGGAGUGGCAAUGCUAGUCCGUCGAUCUUCAUCCUGGAGAGCCCAUCAGCUCCACGCAGGUCAUCUGGCUCCACACCUCAGGGUGGUUCACCAACAAGCGAUAGGGCGAUGAAGGCACCAACCCCAUCCGUUCUCCACAGAGAUGCUGGACCGCGUCAUGACAUGGGGGCAUCCAAUGAAGGAGCUACCAGCCCAAUGAGAUGAUACAUGUAUAUCUUUUUGUAAAAAAAUACUAUAUCUUGUGUGUAUGAAAUUUUCUGUGCGGUUACUGUUUCAUACAAAAUGUAUAGAGUAUCCAUUUAUUCUCCUAUCUUAAGUGCUGUUAUAUCUCAGCA